CCGACUACUCACGUACGUGAGUUCUACUGUAAUACUCAGCUGCUAUAUGAAAAAUAUACCAUUUUAUGCAAUAACAGCAUAAUUCAGAUCGACUUCUACUUGAUAAGUUUGUUAGAUCAUUAAAAAUAGUAAACUCAAUCAAUUAAUUAUUCUCUCGAUACCAUACUUCAAAAAUGAUAUUAUUUCUAUGGUUAUAUAUAAAUGAUUGUCGCGUAAUUUGAAUGCUCCUUCGUUAAAGAACGCAGCCAUAAUUUUCGCGCCAAAAUGCCGUAGCGUUGACAGUUAAUUUGACCUUUUGACAAUUCGCAGCAGGUGUUCGUUCGUUUGGUCUUGUUUUCAUUCAUCAGAUGUUAAAAAAUGCCUCCUUUUUAUUAAAUAUAUAAUGAAUAGGUGAUAUUUUAAAUACAUAGGUUAAAAUGUUUGUAGAAGACCUAAGAAAUGAUUUUUAUAAUGUUUUACUAGGAAAUCGAGUGUUACUUUUAGUUCAUUACGACGUUGACGCAAUAUGCACAUGUAAAAUACUCCAAGGAUUGUUUAAAUGUGAUAAUAUCUCGUAUACACUUGUGCCUGUUGGUGGAGUAGCCGAAUUAAAAAAUGCGUAUGAAGAGAACAAUGAAGAAAUCAAAUAUGUAGUGCUAGUGAACUGUGGCGGGACCAUAGACCUAGUGGAUAUACUGCAGCCCGAAGAAGAUGUUGUGUUUUUCGUUUUAGACUCUCAUAAACCAACGGAUGUUUGCAAUGUGUAUAGCGAUGGACAGGUUAGAAUAGUGUAUAAAGAUAAUGAAGAAAACAUUCCAAAUUUUGAUGAUAUAUUCAGAGACGAUGAGGAAGAGGAUGAAGAGCCAACCGAGAGUGGAAUGGAAGCAUUGGAGGCAGCUGUGGAGCGACGACGCGAGCGCCGCGCGUGGGAGGAGCGCCGGCAUACGCUCAUGUUUAACUACACGCAGUUCUCCUACUACGGGAAACCGAGUGCGUGCGUGGCGCUAGAGAUAGCGUGGCUGGUGUCGCGGUGCGGCGGGGCCGCGUUGUGGGCAGGCAGCGUGUCGGCCGCCAGCCACGUGGCGCUGGCGUCGCGUCCACCCGCGCAGUGUCUGCUGGAUACUGACGCGUUGCAUCGCCGAGUAGCCAGCGCGCAGCAUACACCCUCUGAUACUUCGUGCCGCGUGGUGCUGGAGAAAGACGCAUGGCUGCCGCUGUACCGCAGCUGGUCGCUGGAGGCGGCGCUGGGGCACGCGCCCGCGCUGGCGCCGCACCUGCGGCUGCACUCGCACGCCGGCGCCGCCCGGCUGCGGCAGCUGCUGGCCGACAUGGGGUUUCCGCUGCAACAAGCCCGUCAGGCGUACCGCUCUAUGGACGUGGAGUUACGCCGUAGUUUGCUCCCCUCCCUGGAGGCGUCGACGGAUAAGCAUAAGUUGCCCGUCCCGACGCGCGCCGCUUUCCUACUGCAGCGGCCCCACGCGCCGCCGCUCGCUGCUCAUGAUUUGGUCUACGCGAUACUGGCGCUCAUUGAGCACGAGUCGAUCCCCAAGGGCGAGGGGUUCCAGCUGGCGCUGGACGCGUUAGAAUCAGAGGGGGGCUUGAGUGAAGGCGCUCGGAUAGGGCUGGAAGCCGCCAAGCAGGCGCUGGGGGCCGUGGCUCGAGCGGCUCAUGAUACGUUAGCUGCUAGGCGGCUGCAUCUCGCCGGGCCAUUCAGCUACUUUAUCGUGCAAGAGGGCGGGAGUGGGGCGGGGUGGUUACGGGGCGCGGGUUGGGUGGGCAUACUGGCCCGCUGGGUGAGCGCGGGGACGGGCGGGGCCCGCCCCGUACUGGCCUGCACCUCGCUGACGCCCACGCACUGCCUGCUGCUGGGCGUGCCUCCGCGGUCGCACCAAGAACCACGCAAUCUGUUCGGUGCGGCGUUUGAGCAAGCGGCGACCAAAAGCGGAGUGACAGUGUCAUUGGAUCAUCUUGAUUCUUCCAUCAUAACGUUACCUACAGCCCAACGAGCACAGUUUCUAGACGCACUCACCGCAUUACUGGCGUAAUUACAAAUAACGAUUAUGCCACUGUACAUAAAUUGUUGAUUAUCCUGUUAUCGCCUCCGAGAUUUAUUUUUCUUCAUUAUGUAGUACCCUCUUCUUGUAGAUUCGAUGCUCAUGUAUUUUAGAGAAUAAGAGACGGCAUUGACGAUGUUAUCCUAGAUAACUAGGGGGUAAAAAAUAUUAGGGUGGGCGGGAUCCUAAAUCCCAACAAGGUUGCAAGAUAGAUUUGAACUUUUAUUAACACUACUCUUUUGCAAAGUCUGCUUCAUCUAUCAACUGAAGUUGUUCAAUGAAGCAGCUUCUGUCAAAUUGCCAGCUUUUU